GGAAAACAUCCCAUAUCUCAAGUUCAUAUAACUUUCUAUGGUUGACCAUUGAGUUCGUUGACGUAAACAAGAGUCCAUAGAUAACCUAUGCAACUGCCAUUCUUUUCCUUUUCGGUGUGUUUUGGAGGUUCGGAAGAAUGGCUCCUACGGUUCAAAAAACCAAAAAGGGACUCCCGGUUGUUCCCGAGUCCGUCUUGAAGCAUCGUAGAAGGCGUGAUUUGGCUAGAGCCAAACAAGUCCAGACUGCUAUCAAAAGGAAAGCAGCCCAGGUGAAGAAACGUAAAGAAAUCUUCAAAAGAGCCGAACAUUAUGUUAAGGAAUACAGGCUUAAAGAGAGGGAUGAAGUUCGCCUCAUCAGACAGGCAAAGAAUCGUGGAAAUUACUAUGUUCCUGGAGAAGCCAAGCUAGCCUUUGUAAUUAGGAUAAGAGGUAUCAACAAAGUAGCUCCUAAAGUGCGUAAAGUAUUGCAACUUUUCCGCUUGAGACAAAUCAACAAUGGAGUGUUUGUCAAAUUGAACAAGGCAACCAUCAACAUGUUGAGGAUUUGUGAACCCUACAUUACCUGGGGAUAUCCCAAUCUCAAAUCAGUUCGUGAACUUAUUUACAAACGUGGAUUUGCCAAAAUUAAUGGACAGAGAGUGCCCAUCACUAGUAACGAAAUUAUUGAACAGAGACUUAGCAAGUCCAACAUAAUUUGUGUGGAAGACUUGAUCCAUGAAAUCUUUACUGUUGGUGAUAAAUUCAAGUUUGCGUCGAACUUCUUAUGGCCAUUUAAGUUGAACACACCUACUGGUGGAUGGCGCAGAAAAACUAACCAUUAUGUAGAAGGUGGAGAUUUUGGUAACAGAGAAGAUAAGAUAAAUGAACUAUUGAGAAGGAUGGUUUAAAACAUUCGAUUAAAAAACAGUUAAAAUA